AUGUUGAGCUUACAUAAAACGUGUCUGAAAGUUCAGAGAUUUGGAAUUCUUAGAAUUUUCAAUAUUUACUUAAAUCCAAAACUGAAAGCUCUUCAAAUUUAUUUUAUCAGAGAUGGAAAUAAAAUUGCUCAAACGUUCAAUCAUCGCAUUCAUAAGAAGAUCAGAUUACGUCGCUUGAGAACUUCAUCUUUCGUCAGGAAAGAAAUGAAAAUUGAAGAAAUUUCCUUCUUAUGGAAAACGAGGAAGAGUUCAUCUGAAUUUUUACGGGAAAAUCGAUGGACAUCUCAUUUCUUCUAUUGUGCCAUGAAGAAAGGAUUAUGGGUCAAGAUUAUUCUUGCUUUAAUGCGCCAUAACCCAUCAUAA